AUGGCCAGCGUCGAUCCCUCUCUCCCAGAUCCGCUCCUCGCUCUUCGCCGUGCAAUCGCGGCCGGCAGCCUCCCGACACCCACCACCUCCGCCGAGCUCUCGGACCAGCACGCGACCGACGACCUCGCCAAAGCCACGCACCUGUACUUCCGCGAUCCCCUCCCCCAGACGCUCGCGCUCACGACACCGACGCGCUUCGUCUCCGCCUCCUCAGACUCCGCCGUCGACCUCCGCAGCAUCUUCUUCGCCUGGCAGAAGAAAGAUGUCGCCAUCCCGGAGUACAUCGCCUCGGCGCAGGAGCUGAACGAGGCGCUCUCGCACAAGGAGCGCGCGCAGUCCGAUCCCGAGGAGAAGGUCCAGAACCUCGUCUUCGUUGAGCGCCUCGACCUCAUCACCUGGCUCGAGGGCGCCUCCGACGAGAGCGAGUACAUCAAGCCCCUGGAGGGUGCGGCCGCGGCCGCGGCUGCUGCUACCGCAGCGGCAGUGGCUUUGGCAGCGGCUCAGGCUGGGACGGCGGCGCUUGUCGGUGGUGUGCCGGGUGCUGGUGUGGCGGUCCCUGCUGCGCAGGCGGCUGGGGCGCACGCGGGGCGAGCGCCCAAGGUCAUCGACCCUAGGUUGCAGGAGACCUAUAAUGGGGAGCGCAAGAUGGGGGAUCGGAAUAGUGUGCUUCGCGGGAUUAAGCCUACGGAUUUCUCGCAUGUUCGCAAAGUCGCAGAGACCUUCCUUGGUCGCAACCGCUCACGCACAGGACAGUACCCAGCCGGCACGAAGCCUGGCAGCAAGCCGUCGUCGAUGCCCGUUGUGCCGGCGCCGUCGGCCGGCCUCUCGCAGCCGCGCAAGAGCGGCAGCUCCAAGAACCAAGACCCCAUCAUCCUCCUCUCGCCCUCCGCCUCGUCUCUGAUCCGCAUGUCCAACGUCCGCUCCUUCCUGCAGGACGGCGUCUUCGUGCCCCCGGACCAUCCCACGCUCCCCAUGCCCAGCGCCUCCAACAAUUUCCUCUACAUCUACCGCCCGCUCCGCUCCGGCGCCUCGUCGAGCUCGUCCGCGCCGCGUCCCGCGGGCCCACAGUCCGCCGCCGCCCGGAAACCCACCCGCUUCAUCCUCGUCGACAGCACCGCCAAUUUCCGCCCGGACUACUGGAACCGCCUCGUCGCCGUCUUCACUACCGGCCAGACGUGGCAGUUCAAGUCCUACAAGUGGUCCUCCCCGCCCGAACUCUUCAAGCACGCCUCCGGCGUUUACGUCGGUUGGCGCGGCGAGGACAUCCCCCGCGAAGUCCGCGGCUGGGGCCGCGGCGUGCAGAGCUUCGCCGUCGAGCGCUGGGACGAGAAGGGCGGCGUGCACGGCGCCGGCCGCUGGCGGGACCGCGAGGUCGUGGAGAAUAUCUGGACCGCGAUCGAGGAGGGCAUGAAAGCAAGAGGGUGGGGGUCCGGGGGCACCACCAAAUGA